GCAGUCUCCACGUCGCAUGCUCACCCGUAUUCCUUGCAUCUUGUCUCCAGCUGCUAUAUUCUUUUACUAUGAGAAACUUUUGGGCACUACCGGCCGUGUUGCGUAUUGCGCUAGCCAGCCCGCAUGCGUUCAGUGUGUUUGAUGAUCUGUUAGCUUUCCCUCAAUACGAAAUUUCAUGGCCCGACACCUUCAUAACGGAGAACGAUGCGACAUCUCUCUUGUCGCGUCACGCAUCUCCCAGCUCAAGCUCUGCGACGCCAGGUUCGCAAGAAACCCAAGAGCUCUCGAAGCGCGAUAAGCCGUCGUCCAACGACCCACCUGGCGAUGAUGCGCUCGAGCAAAUAUACGAGGCGGUAGUACUGCAGGGACAACGUUAUCUCUGCAGUAUACCCAUCAUACCAGAGGAGAUACCACAAAACAGCACCACGUCCGCCGAGGAAGCUGAAGCCGAGGAGGAGAAGGAGCUCAUACGCGCUUCAGACCGAGGAUUCGAGCUGCUAGAGGGUAUGCGCGGCAACUGCAUAUACUACCUCAGUGGGUGGUGGAGUUACAGCUUCUGCUACAAGAACGAGGUCAAGCAGUUCCACCAGCUACCGCCAAGCCGAGGAGUACCCAUAUAUCCACCGGUUGAAGACACGAGUGUGCACAGCUUUGUGCUGGGAAGAUUUCCAAAAGAAGCAAAGAACAAGAAGGAGGGUGCGCGGAAGACCCUGGGGAGCGAGCAGGGCACCAAGGAGGCCUUCGAUGACGAGGGCAACAAGAAAGACAACGAGGAAAAGGGUCUAGAGCUCCCGAGACUGGAAUCGAAGGGGUCAAGCCGGUAUAUGGUGCAACGACUGUCAGCAGGUACUAAGUGCGAUCUGACAGGGCGGCCACGCAAGAUCGAUGUUCAGUUCCACUGCAAUCCGCAAUCCGGCGACCGAAUCGCCAUGAUCAAAGAGACUAGCACCUGCUCCUACCUUAUGAUCGUCGACACCCCCCGCCUCUGCCACGACGUCGCCUUCCUCCCACCCCAAGAAAACCUCGGCCACCCCAUAUCCUGCCAACCCGUAAUCCCCGAAUCGCAAGUCGACGCCUGGACCACCGCGAAACUAAACGCAGGUCUGCGUGAACUGGAAGGCCACGUCGCUGAACCCGUCGACAACAUAAAUACCAACCCCCUACGCGACAUUGGGGAAGGUGCCGAGGGCUCCUCAAAACGUGGCCCCAUCAUCGGCGGCAUUGAGGUCGGCGGGCAAUCCCUCGUCGGCUCCGAAGGCAAAGUCAUCGAGAAAUCGGUCGUCGUUGGUGGAGGCAAAGAAACCUACGUCGGCACCGUGGCCACCAGCGAUGGCAAGCAAAUGUCCAAGGAAGAAAUGAAGAAGCUCCGUGCGGAUCCGAAAGACGUUGAGAAGUUGAAGCAGAAUCUGAUGAAGUUGGCCGGUCGGAAGGGGUGGAAGUUGGAUCUAGUCGACACGCCGCAAGGAAGGGAGUUCCGGGGCAUUAUUGAGGCCGAAGAUCCUGAUGAGAGUGAGAUUGCUGAGAAGGCGGCUGGCAGUCGGGAGAAGAAGGAAGAUAAUACCGCGGGUGGAAUGGGGACAGGGAAGGGGAAAGGGGAGGAUGCUAGGAAGAGUAAUGACGCUAAAGAUCAGGAGGCCACGAAGGGUCAUGACGAUAAGGGUGAAGAGGUCCAUGAGGGGAGUGAAGAGGUGUAUAAAGACGAGCUAUGAGUAUCAUACGAUUAUUACAACGGUUGCGUGUAUACAUUCUUCAACCUCUUGCCUGAUUAAAUCAAUCACACAAUGACUGUUAUUUCAUCCCCUUCCUUUUUCACAUUCAGUCACAGAGUGUCUCAUCAGUUAAACUCAAGUCUCAGCUACUUUGAUGGGGACAACGUGCAUGGAGUAUACCAAAGACACUGAAAUCUAGUAAUCUAAUUUUGACGUUGGAGCUUUGUAUACUUCCAUCAAGCCUGUCAUUACAUUUGAACUCUCAACAUUCAAUUCUCUGAUCCGCUAGGGAGAGUGGUACAGAUAUCGAUACAUACUUACUGCCGUACAAACGCUCUAUAUCUACUUCUAUCUUCUACAACGCCUUUUGCGGAUCCGACCUAUUUUCCCAUUGUUGUAAUAUGAUAAUCUCAGGUCUGAGUUCCGAAGGCAAUCCAGCGUCAUUGAUAACAAGGAUUUAAGCGCCCACGCC